CAGGCUGACGGAUCGACAGCCUAUGGCUGACCGCAUUCCCAUAUAUUGGCAAGGGUACCCGGCACGGACACACAGUCUCUCUAACAAGGUCUCAUAAACCAUGCAAAGUGAUCGGAGCGAGAGUGACUGGCAGGGACUCGUCAGCGAGUUUCUGGUUUGUAAGAGGAAGCUUGAAAGCAAGAAGGAAGCUUUGUUAAUCCUGUCUAAAGAACUGGACACAUGUCAGCAGGAGCGAGACCAGUACAAACUGAUGGCCAACCAGCUGCGGGAGAGGCACCAGUCCUUGAAGAAAAAGUACCGGGAGCUAAUCGAUGGGGAUCCAUCGCUUCCACCGGAAAAGAGGAAGCAGGCAAAUCUGGCACAGCUUCUUGCUGAUUCUAGAGAAAAAAGCAAAAAACUGGAGUUAGAAAUAAAGGAAUUGCAGCUGAGGCUGGUAGAAGUUGAAGGAGACAAUAAGCUACUAAGAAUGACUAUUGCCAAGCAGAGACUUGGGGAUGAUGAGGUUGGAAUCCGUCACUUUGCCCCCCAUGAGCGAGAAGAUCUUGUUUUACAGCUGGAAAAAGCACGAGAACAGAUUGAGACUCUUGAGCAUGAACUGCAGUCCGCUCUAGAUGAACUGCAAGACGUGAAGCAGGAACGCUCUUUUUACCAGGAUAAAGCGGAAAGACUGAACCAGGAGCUUAACCAUGUUCUAGGCGGUGAUGAGAAACGCAUCAUAGACAUUGAUGCCUUGUGCAUGGAGAACAGGUACCUUCAAGAAAGAUUAAAACAGCUUCAGGAAGAAGUUAAUCUGCAGAAAAGUAAUAUUGUCAAAUACAAGAAUGCUCUGGAGAGGCGGAAGAACUCCAAGUCUAACAUCAAAUCAAACAGCAGUGCGCUGACCGGAGUGCUGUCUGCAAAACAAGUUCAGGAGUUACUGUCGGAGGAGCAUGGAUGCAGCCUGCCAGCAACUCCGCAGUCUAUUACGGAUCUGAAAUCCCUGGCUACCGCCUUGUUAGACACCAUCCACGAGAAAAAUAUGGUCAUUCAGCACCAGCGCCAGACCAACAAAAUUCUAGGCAACCGAGUGGCUGAAUUAGAAAAGAAACUUAGAACACUUGAGGUUUCUGGCUUAUGGAGUCUCCCAGGAGGAAAGGACACAAUCUCAUUACAUGAUCCCGCGCCUCCGUCCACACAGAGGCCAAAAUCCCCAAUGCUGGCAUUUACUGGUGUACCUUGUCAUAAACCAUUAAUCUAUGAAGCUCACAGGCAGCCCAGCAUUGAAAUAUGUUCCACAGCUUUGGAAAUGACAGCCAAGAAUGAAACCACCCAACAGUUAGAAAGCUCUCAAGGUCCCCUUGGCAAUGCUUAUGAAAAUGUGUAUCUCCAUCCCCUAAUUCCACUGUUGGGUUCAGACAAAGAACAUCAUGGAAAGCAAAUUGUUGAACUAGCAGAAGAGCUGUCCGCGGUGGAAUUGGAAGAAGACCCUUUACAAAGCCUUGCUGAGACCCACAACGUAGCCACCUGCUACACUCCCCAGAGCAGUUUCGAUUCACCCUUGUGUAGUCCAGUGCUUACUGAUACAAUGAAAAUGGAGACGUUCCCUGGAGCUGAAACCACCCCCAAUGAACUUGCAAAAGCCAGCGAAGGACUGUUAGAAAGUUGUGAUGGACUGUCUGAAAUUAACGGGCAACUUGUAGAAACAAGUGGCCAAGACCAGCAUGAAGAGACUCAAGAUGGCAGAAGAAUAAGUUAUGAGAAGAUUGACAGCGACUCGCUAGACACGAGUUCAAGUAACCUUAACAAGAGCGAACAUUUUGUCGAUAGCGAGUCUUGACUAUUUUGCCAGUUCCAAAAUAGACCCAAAGAGUUUGUGUGUAUAUAUGUGUAUAUAAUAUCAUAGAUCACAACCUAUUGUUAGUCAAAUCAUUCCCCUCCCCUCUGUUAUUGUCCUCUUAUGUUUACUUGUCCUGCUUGUCUGGCUCCAGAGAAUGUAUUACUCAAGCCUUUGCUUUUAUGCCAUAGUUUUUCAAAGCUAUGAAGUCACAUGUAGAAUUUUGUGAAGUGAUAGAAGCAGAGCUAAGUGCAUUAGAUAAGUCCUACCAUGCUGUGACAAAAACAUUUGAAACUACUCAUCAUAAAAGAAGUGGCAACCUCUAUGUGAGUCUUUAUAGAAUAUAUUAGCAUCAGUUGAUCUUUUUGCACCUUUUGGAACAUGACACUCUU